AGUGGGUGCAUAGUUCGCAGCUCAAAGACAAGCUUAGGUUUUGAUUUGCGUCUUGGUUAUUUUGCCUUACACCCCGAAUCAAGGAAAACUUUCAUUUUCGGUGCGUGGUCUGCCAGUUUUAUUUUGUCCACCCGCUGCAGGGUGUGUCUAAGAGGCAAAGACCUAGACGCAGGAAUGUAGCUUGAAAUAAACAACUGCCAAACACCAUUUAGAGAACACAAACAGGCUGUACUAGCUCACUUCCACAGACGGGUGAAGAGAGUGGAUGAAAAAGGGGAGAGAGAUCUGAAAACAGCCUUCUAAAGAGGUUUUGUAUUUAAAUAGCUUUCAUUUCCCUUCCCAAGCUCCGACUGAUCAUUUGUAGGCAAUCACGCAUUUAGGACAAAAUGCAGCCUGCCUCCGAGCUGGACACAACUCAGUUCCCCAGAGCACCUUCCUACAGCGAGGUAGAUGCGGCCCUCCCCACUCCGCCCGCUUACCAGGAAACAGAUCCGCCCAAGGGUUCGAAUGCAAAAGUCGGCUACGGGGCUCAGAGUGAGAACUCGGGCAACAUUCACAUCAACGUGUGCGCCCCCCAGCCACAGUCCACGGUGCCUGUUAGCGCUGCAGCACCGGUGGUGCAGAACCAGCCGCAGGCCCAGGUGCAGGCUGGCCAGACCGUCUUUGUGCCCAUGCAGCAGGUCGUGGUUGUCUCCUCCAACCUGGGAGACACGCCCAGCAUGACAACCUGCAGCAACUGCAAGCAGAGGGUCAUGACGAAGGUCAUCUAUAAACCAGGAGUCUUCUCCUGGAUGCUGUGCUUGUUGUUUAUCCUUUUCGGGCUUAUCUGCGGAUGUUGCCUCCUGCCGUUUUUUGUGACCAGUUUAAUGGACGCCCAUCACAGCUGCCCUCAGUGCCACCAGAAUCUCCACAUCCACAAGAGAAUGUGAUCAGAAUCUCUCUUGCUCCUUCAGCCUCGUGCUUCUCAGCAGCUCUAUGGUCUGUGCUUGUUGCAUGGAACAAGAAUCAGAGAUCACCGAAACAUGGUUUUAAAAAAUGUUGUACAUUUUCUUAGGUAUAAAACAGACUCCAAACAUAUUUGUGGAUCCCAUCAAACUAUAGGAGGACGAUAAGCAUAUACAAAUGUACAUAAAUAGCAGUUGGCUGUUCUGGUAUUCUGGAUGGUGAAUGCUUCUAAUCAACUUUUUUAAUACAGUUCUAUCUCCUCCUGCUGCUGCUGUUAAAUAUCAUAGCUCUUUGUUCCUAGACUCAACUACUAUACAUAUUUAACUUUUGCUCUGAAAUGCAUAAAUCAUCAUGCUGAGUAGGAACAUAUUCAUUUGUGACUACAAAGAUAUCUGGUGUUUCUACUUUUGUGUUUCUGUCUUUUACACAUGAAUUAAAACUGAAAUCUGUCAAAA